UCAGUCUCCGCCCUGCAGCUGGAGCGAGCCCGCCGCGCCGUCGCCGCCCGCAGCCGCCCGCAGCCGUCCGCAGCCGCCCGCAGCCCGCGCCAUGCCCAACUUCGCCGGCACCUGGAAGAUGCGCAGCAGCGAGAAUUUCGACGAGCUCCUCAAGGCGCUGGGUGUGAACGCCAUGCUGCGGAAAGUGGCGGUGGCGGCCGCGUCCAAGCCGCACGUGGAGAUCCGCCAGGACGGGGAUCAGUUCUACAUCAAGACUUCCACCACGGUGCGCACCACCGAGAUCAACUUCAAGGUCGGAGAAGGCUUCGAGGAGGAGACUGUGGACGGACGCAAGUGCAGGAGUUUGGCCACUUGGGAGAAUGAAAACAAGAUCCACUGCACGCAAACUCUCCUCGAGGGCGACGGCCCGAAAACCUACUGGACCCGCGAGCUGGCCAACGACGAGCUCAUCCUGACUUUUGGCGCCGAUGACGUGGUCUGCACGAGGAUUUACGUUCGGGAGUGAAGGUGGCCGGCUUCCUGCGGCUUUGGGGGUGGGGUGCAUGUUCCCUGAGAAAUGUCAUAGGUCUGGGCUGCCAGUGGACCUUCCCUUACCCCAUAUCAACGUUAGGUGACCCCAUGUUCCCUGCGACAGUGUGGUAGUGUUCCCCCCCCCCCCCCCGAGGCCUCUGUACCUCUGAGUCCCUGGCGCUCCGUAGUCUGGCAUCGCAUGGUUUGUCAGUCAUUAAACUGGUUGGCCACAUUUCAA